AUGCGACAGAUCCGCACACCUCUGGACGCUCUUCUGAAGAAGGACAAGCCGUUCGAAUGGUCUACAGAGUGCCAAGACGCCUUUCAGCGCGUGAAAGACGUUCUUGCCUCACCUCUUCUGCUCACUCACUUUGAUCCGAAGUUGGACAUCAUCGUCGCGGCCGACGCCUCCGACUACGGAAUUGGAGCAGUCAUUCUGCAUCGUUACGCCAACGGAUCUGAAAAGGCAAUCUACCACGCCAGCCGAAGCCUCAACGAAGCAGAAAAGAAGUACGCGCAAAUCGAGAAGGAAGGCCUCGCUCUCAUCUUCGCCGUCCGGAAGUUCCAUCGCUACAUCUUUGGACGCCGAUUCACACUUCUGACGGAUCACAAGCCACUUCUCGCAAUAUUUGGCAACAAGAAGGGACUGCCAGUCUACUCCGCCAAUCGUCUUCUCCGAUGGUCACUGAUUCUUCGUGGUUACGACUUCAAAAUCGAAUACCGCUCCACCACGAACUUUGGUCAAGCGGACGCGCUCUCUCGCCUCAUCUCCGACGACCAACAGCCGACAGAAGACAUCGUCAUCGCCAAAGCCGCUCUUGACGCCGACGCCGAGUACCGAGCAGCCGCCGUCUUCCUUCCAGUCACUCUGAAGGACGUCGCCAAAGAGACAGUCAACGACGAAACCCUAAAAGAUGUCAUCGAUUCCGUUCGCUCCAACGGAAGCCGGAAGAAACACUCGAAUGCAGCCGCCAAGUACCUGAACCAGCCUCAAUUGCUGUCACUCCAGGACGACUGCCUGUUCUUCGGCCCUCGAAUCAUCAUCCCGACUUCACUUCGCCAACGAGUCCUGAAACAACUUCACGAAGGACACCCUGGAGAGAAGCGGAUGAAAGUACUGGCUCGUCAGUACGUCUUCUGGACGAACAUCAACGCCGACAUCGAAAAUUACGUCAAGACGUGCCACAACUGCCAACAAGUUCAAAAAGCACCGGUUAAGACGGAACUCUUCUCCUGGCCUCAAGAAGAUCGACCAUGGUCUCGAAUCCACAUCGACUACGCUGGACCGUUCCUCGGGAAAAUGUACCUCGUAGCCGUCGACGCCUACUCCAAAUGGCCUGAAAUCUUCGAAAUGACGUCUACGACAAGUUCCGCCACGAUCAAGCAGCUCACUGAACUCUUCGCGCAGUUUGGGAAUCCUGAAACAC